GUCUGGACAUCUUUCAAAGCUCUACAGGUUUUCUUUUCAUUUUGGCUAAUCAUUGCUUUCCUGUGCUUCCUGAAUCCUUUUGAUUGCCUUUACCGUUCAGCCUCUCUCCAUCCAAAAUGACUACCGCUUUCCUUCCUCGCAUCCUCCGAUCCACCUCCCUCGCGACCUGCUCCCGUCAUCAAUCCCAGCUCCUAGGCCGCUCCUCACUCUCACUCUCCCUCCGUGCCGCCUCCACCUCCUCCAAACAUCCAAAAGGCUUCGUUGCCCCCACCGCCGAAGAUCUGUCUGAAUUGCGUGAACGAGUUCAAGAAUUCACCCGCCGCGAGAUCCCAGAAGAAGUGGCGGCACGGACCGAUCAGACCAAUGAAUUCCCUAAUGAAAUGUGGCUGAAGCUGGGUGAAGCAGGAUUCUUGGGUCCAACGGCAGAUGAAGACUAUGGCGGUCUCGGUAUGGGUUAUCAGGCACACUGCAUCAUCAACGAAGAGCUGAGCCGGGCUUCUGGAAGCAUUGGACUCUCAUACGCAGCUCAUUCUCAACUGUGCGUUAACCAGUUGUGCCUGAACGGCAACGACGAGCAAAAAGCUCGUGUUCUACCAGGCUUGAUCUCGGGCCAAAAGAUCGGGGCUUUGGCCAUGUCCGAGCACAGUGCUGGCAGCGACGUCGUCAGCAUGCGCACCACCGCCAAGGAGGCCGACGGUGGCUAUAUCCUGAAUGGAACUAAGAUGUGGAUCACCAAUGGACCAGAUGCCGACUAUAUUGUGGUCUAUGCAAAGACAGAACCGGAGAAGAAGAGCCGAGGCAUCACUGCCUUCAUUGUCGAGAAGUCGUUCAAGGGUUUCAGUGUGGCGAGGAAACUCGACAAGUUUGGCAUGAGGGGCUCCAACACGGGCGAGCUGGUCUUUGACAACGUCUUUGUCCCCAAGGAAAACAUCCUCGGUGGACUCAACAAGGGUGUGACUGUUCUCAUGGAGGGUUUGGAUCUCGAACGACUGGUUCUCAGCUCCGGCCCCUUGGGCAUCAUGCAGGCCUGUCUGGACCUGGUUCUGCCCUACACCCAUCAACGAAAACAGUUUGAUCAGCCAAUCGCCCACAAUCAGCUAAUCCAGGGCAAGCUGGCCGACAUGUACACCAAGCUACAGGCUUCUCGAUCAUACACCUAUGCCACCGCUAAAAAGGUCGAUGAAGAAGGCAUCGUUCGUACCGAGGACUGUGCCGGUGCCAUUCUGUACGCUGCAGAGCGGGCUACAGAGUGUGGCCUGGACGCAAUCCAGUUGAUGGGUGGCAAUGGCUACGUCAACGAGAUUCCCGCUGGACGCUUGCUCCGUGACGCCAAACUCUAUGAGAUUGGUGCCGGCACCAGCGAGAUCCGAAGGAUGGUCAUUGGCAGGGCGUUCAACAAACAGUACAAGGACCAAGGUAUUUAGAGUCUUGUUGCGCAUGUCUACCAUCUAUCGCGUUCUCGGGACCAGCUCAAGGGAAAAAUCUUAUCCAAAUGCGAGUCGACUUUGACCUUUCUCAGCCUUGCCACCACGCCCGCGGCUACUGCUCCCGCCACGCUUGCCUUUACUGCUGCCUAAGCCGGGUGGGCGACUGUUCGCUGGCAUCUUGGCCUGGACAGAAGGGACAUCGUGCUCUUGGAGACUUUUGGCAAAAUGCCAGUCCUGAUGUUCCGUCCGAUCUGUCUCAGCAAUCGAUUUCUGACAGUCCUUGCAAAAAUACGACGCCACAUCCGUUUGACGGAGACUGGUAACCCGGUGAUCUAGAGCUUCCUCGGUCGCACCAUCGUUGGGCGCUGCAUGGUCGUCGUGCCCGGUCUCAUCCGCCGACAACUCCUCGCCUUCUCCAGUGCUUUCGCUUUUGGAGAAGAAUCUACUGAUGCCAGGGGGCCCGUCGAGGCGGCGGCGUUUCUCCGCGGGGUAGUCAUCUCGAACCGGGGUAGCAGUUCCACUUCUUGUUCGAACGUCCAGGGCAGCUUUGGCUUCCUCUCCCUUGAGCAGAAACAGAUCAAUGCCCUUGUUCCCCGCCACACCUUCCUCGAAGCCGCCCACACUCAGAGACAGAUUCGCGCACGGCCAAGCUCGACCAUCCACCACCACUUGUCCCAGCAGAGUCUUAGCGAGGUCGAAAAGAGUGCUUUCCUCAAUCUUCUUUCCUUGGGGGAUGGGAAGUUGUUUGGAUCUGGUCUGCCCGCCUUGGCGGUGAUGGAGGGUAAUGGUCUUGGGUCGUCUUUUGUUUUCAAUCACCCCUUCCUCCACCAAUCGUGCAUAGAUGUCUGCAGAAAAGAUUCUCAACCACUUG